AUGUUCAGAGAACCACAUACCUUCAGAGAUGAUCUUGACUGCAUCAUCAUUUUUCAGACUUUUCAACGUGAAGAGAGCUCUGAAACGAUCGUGCAGAGGGACAGUACCGCUCGUGUUGAGGAGAGCAGCGCGGAGGGCAGAGAGCUCGCUUGGAGACACUGCGUCCGACAUUGAGGAUCGAGAUAAAAGAUAAUUCUGAAUCGGCACAGCGGCGGACUUUUGAUUUCAUUUGCUAAACCUUGUUCUCAUACAUAUCAUGCCCAAGUCAAGACGUUCAAAAAUCGUAUCUCUCACAAAAGUAUCAAAAAAGACGAGGGAGCAUAAAAAUUUACUCUUGACCGAGGUUAGUUUUUGUGGAAUUUGUUGUUUCCUCAGAACGCAUUUCUGCGGAGGCAGAUCCAUGAUUGUACAACGAAAUGCCGAAAAAUGGAAGUACUGCUGGCUGUUUCAAGUCGGCGCGAUGCGCAAUACCCAUCUAAAAACUGUGCGAAAACUAUGGAAAGAUUCAGCACGGAUAUUCUUCGGUCGAGGUGCAGUAAUGGCCAAAGCCCUAGGCGCAACAGUAGAAGAAGAGCACCGAAUGGGACUACACAAAUUAGCUCAAGUGAGUCACCAUCUUCAAUCUCAUCUCAACCCUGACAAAACAUAUCAGCAAAUAAAAGGCCAGGUAGGGUUGUUUUUCACAGAUUCGGAACCUCAAGAAGUGAUAGAGUGGUUCGACGAUUUCAAACAAGCGGAUUACGCGCGGACGGGAAACAAGGCUACGCGGACGGUGAUACUACCUGCAGGACCUGUGAUGCGGGUGCACUCUGAUCCACCUGAACCGUUCCCACAUAAUGAGGACCCGCAGCUCCGGAAGCUGGGUCUUACGACGUCGAUGAAGCGGGGUGUACCGACACUUGAAAAUCCUCAUCGGGUGUGUGAUAAGGGAAAGGUUUUGACGGGUGAACAGGCGCAGCUGCUCAAACUUCUCGGUGAAAAGAUGGUGGUGUUUAGGGUUAGGUUGUUGGCAAGGUGGGAUGCUGCCAGCGGGGAGGUUGUUCAGAUGGAGGGUGGAUGUACUGAUAUAGAACAGGAAAAUGAUGAGGUUGAAGACGAGGAUGAGGAGAUGAGCGAGUAGGUUUCAACUGAGUGUUUUAUCGUGUGUACAUCCGGUUGUACUUCGAGUACAAAG